AUGACUGAUGAAACGCGACAAUUUCUACGAAAUAGUCAGUGUGGUUAUUACAGUGAACCAAAACCCCGUGCGGAAAGAACAUUGGUUUGCUGUCCUGAAAAAUAUCGUAAGAUAGAAAGGUCCAAUAAUGGUGGAAGAAAUACAACACCAGCUAAUGAAUUACCCGAACCAGGGAAAUGUGGAAGAUAUUUGUCGAAUCGAAUCUAUGGCGGAAAUGUAACCGAAAUCGACGAAUUUCCAUGGAUGGCUUUAAUACAAUACAAAAAGGCCCCCAAGGACUAUGUUUUCUUCUGUGGUGGCAGUCUGAUAAAUUCACAUUAUAUCCUAACAGCUGCACAUUGUAUCGCAAAUCCAAAAAUACCAAUUGAAUGGCAAUUAUUUGCUGCACGUUUGGGAGAAUGGGAUUUAAGAGAAGAUCCAGAUUGUAUUGAAGAUAUACGCGGACGUAGAAGCUGCAUUGCGCCCCAUAUUGAUAUUCGAAUUGACUACGCAAUUGUCCAUCCGUUGUAUAGACCCACAUCGCCUAGCCAACUAAAUGAUAUUGCACUUGUGCGUCUAAGACAAAGUGUUCCCAAUGUAAUGCACAUAAUACCAAUAUGUUUACCGAUUUCCGAAGAACUACGCACCAAAUUGUAUACAUCUUACGAAACGGAAGUAGCUGGAUGGGGUGUAACCGAAAAUGGUACAAUCAGUUCAGUAAAAUUAAGGAUAAGGCCUAAAGUUCAAAAUAUAGAAGUAUGUGAGAUCAAUUAUAGAUUAUUCGGAAUAACCAUAAGUCCAGAAUCACAACUAUGCGUUGGAGGUGAGGCUGACAUCGAUGUGUGUAGUGGUGAUUCUGGUGGACCUCUGAUGGUAAUCGAAAAUACUGAUGGUGCAAAUGUGUACAUUGUCGCUGGUAUUGUAUCCUAUGGACCUGCACCAUGUGGUUUCGAAGGCUGGCCUAGUGUUCAUACCAAAGUUGGAAGUUAUAUGGAUUGGAUAAUUGGCAAUUUGUUACCAUAG